AGGGGGUGGAGAGAGACGCAGGCAGUAACAUAUGUAUACAACAAUGGAAUGCAAAAGCUUGAGCAAAGUGUAAAUUCGAGAAUUAGAGACAUUUCACAGAAGAAUGUUAGUCUUGUGUAGGCUAGUGACUUAAUCUAAUUCUGUUCCGAUGUUGUGUUACCCGAUUGUCUGGUGUUUUGCAACUGUUCGAGUUGGAAUUAACGUUUUACCUCGUGCGUCAGGUAGGCUACGGACUACGAAUUCCUGGAGAGUGUGAGCGAAAGAAAUGUUUGAAAAGUAAACCGAAAAGUUGGGACCUUCUUUCUUGUUACUGAAUAUUUGGAAUGUAGUUAUACUGUAGAAAAUGUGUACACAAUUUGUGUGCUACUGUAAAUAAAUCGAGCAGCUUUGGUUUUAUUGGCAAGAACUACGAAGAGACACGAACACCUGACGCACAGUCCACCGUAAACUUGUCUACAAAUGUUUCUCCAAAUAGGCUACUCCAAUGGCAACACGUUACUCUCAUGUUUCUAAUAAUAAUAAUGAGAUGACGAAAAUGCAUUAUUUCAUACCAUUUUGAAGCUUGUUGUUGAACUUGGAUAGAUUUUGGAAAACCCUAAGAUUGAUUUUGGGAGUGCCACUGAAUCAAGGGAUGGAGUUACCUGUCCGGGGCCCGAGCCAGUGGGGCACAGCGUGGUUGGUGCUAUGGGCAUUUGCAGUGUGUGUGAGGGGUGGGUUUGUGGAGCCUCCUCCGUCCUUCUCCAUGUGUUCCUUGACGGAGGAUGAGACGCGGCUGCCCUGUCAGUUUCAAGUUCAGGAGGAGGAGCAGGUAGUUCAGGUCAGCUGGUUCAAGGAGCUACCUGAUGGCACCAAGGAACAAAUCAUCACUGCCCACCUCACAGAGGGACACACAGAGUUUGGGCGGUACUCUGGGAGAGUGAGGUUUGAGAGCAGUAGCCCCACAGUGGACUCUGCCCUGCUCAUCAUGAACACGGAGGAGUCUUAUGAGGGGAAAUACACCUGUCACAUCAGCACAUUCCCCUAUGGGAACUUUGAGAGGCAGCUGUCACUCACUGUGUGGACCCUACCAAUCUCUUCUCUGGACCCGGUGGUUCUGGAGGAGGGCCAGUCCUUCCGCAUAGCUGCCUCCUGCCGCUCCGUGGCCCGUCCUCCACCUCGACUGACCUGGGAUACGGAUCUCCCUGGUCAGACGCAGAACCGCAGCUCCGAGGGCGGGGCCGUGUCCACCCACUUCUCCCUGCACCCCCUGAGGAGUAUGAACGGCAUGCGGCUGGACUGCCUCGUCUGGCACCCUGCUCUGGAGCAACCCCGGAGGAUCAGUAACCGCCUGGUGGUGCAAUUUCCCCCAGAUGCAGCUGUCACUGGCUAUAAUGGAAACUGGUACAUGGGACUGAAGGGAGCUGAACUCAAGUGUGAGACUGGAGGAAACCCCAAACCACAGAGCUUCACCUGGACCAGGGGUGGUAAGGCCCUGCCAGACGGUCUUACUGUGAAUGGAGCAAGGCUUCUGUUUGGCCGAGCCCUGAGACAGAAUGACACUGGAGUUUAUGAAUGUGUGGUGAACAACGGCAUUGGGACAAGGAAAGUAGAAUCGAACAUCACAGUGACAGAGAGAAUUCGCAGUGUGCAGGAAACCACUGUUGACACUCUAGUGAUGAUCAUUAUAGUUGUGGCUGCUGGGGUUUUGGUCAUCGUCAUGAUCAUCAUCAUCAUCUUAGUCAACCGAUACCACAGGCGCAAAAACAGAAAAUUAGAGAUGGAGCUUAGCGAAAGAACUUUAAAAAUCAACACACUCUCCAGACAGGACUCCUCUCAGAGACUCAACUCUGUCAGCACAGACCCCAGAGGACAGAAUGAAGACUGUACACUACUUAGACUAGACAGUAGAAUGAAAAACAGCCUAAUGUCCCUUGAGGACCGUCCCAUCUACAUAGGCAGUGAAUCAUCCCUGGUUGGGAGGCGUGGGACUGUUGGACAGGGGGAUGUGGACUACCUAGGCCGCCCUGUCCUGUACCAGUCUAGCUGGCAUGAGGGCAGAGAGAGUAUGAGGGGCGCUGAGAUGGAGGGCGAGAGGGAAGAGCGCAGACGAAGGGUGGAGUCGUACCUGAAGAGAAGCAAUAUGUCCCUGGACUCUGGCCUUCCUUCCUCCCUUGUCCCCAUCAAGCCCCAGGACCAGGAUGGCAGUGUGGGGCCCACAGACAUCCCUCCAAUGCUCAGUGACCUGUGUGGCCAGAGGGAGGGGGUGACCAAAGGGGAAGACUGGGGCCACAGCCGGGCUGUGCUGGAGGUUGAUGAGGCAGACUGUGACACCAGUUCUUACCAGAUCUCAGAGGCGCUCUCCAACCACUUCCACUACAGCAACGGGUUCCUGCGGCCCAAACCACACUCCAACGCCAUCCUCCUACACCCCAGAGGACAGAUCAUCUAGACAUGGGAGGCUUGGCUGAAAAGGGAACUGCCCUCAGCUCCACCCUAACCUAGUGGUCAUUAUACAGAAAUUUGGGUUUGGCAACUUCAUGCUCACGUUCAUUGCCAUUUGUCUUUUUUUAUCAGCAUUGUCUUCUUGUAUGUCCUAUGUAAACAAAAUGUACUAGUCUAAGUAGAGAUUGGACAAGAUUGCACCAUCACUUUGUAUCAACUAUAAACCCAGUCUUGUGUAAGCACUCA